AUGGAUCAAGUAACGCUGUACGAAGAAUUUAGAUUCAUAGAGAAAAGUGAACCUGAAGUUAAUGGAGCAUGGAAAGGUGCUCAGUUAUUACUCUUCUUUCUGGCAUUCGUGUUUGGAUCGUUCUGCACUUUCUGCUUUCAUCUGCUAAUGUAUUUAUUUGAUGAGAAGUGCGUCCUGUUCCCCAAGCUUUUAUCUCUAACGUCUCUUCGCCAAAAUAUGAUUUAUGAAUUCAUACCCGAGGAUAAGGAAACCGUAGAUAAGCUGCCGGUAGACUUUAUAAGCACUCAGUGGGUAGAAAAAAGUGCCUGUUUGCUUCCUACGUAUGUGCCUCUGGUUUCGGGUAUUUUUGGACUUGUAUGGACUACAAUGUUUUUGAUGUGUUCUACUGGUAGUCGCGUUUUGACUGGAUGCACGUACACAGUAAACGUAGCAACACUUGCUUAUGAACGUCGAAUCCGUGGCGUGUAUCAGGCGACACGACUCACAAUAUUUUCUGCGUGGCUUCACACAGCCUGUUGGGUGCUGUCUGCAUUUUUAGCCCUAAUGAGAGUUUUGUUGGCGGUCGACUUCAAACUCAUCCGAGUCAGUGUGCAAUUGCAAGGAAAUAUUGAUAGGAUGCUCGAGCAACAUGAGAGACACAUUUGUACUGUCUCUCCAGAUACAUUGGAGUCUAACCAUUAUUCACGAAGUAAAGUUCUAAUGCACUUCAAAAAGAAGGAUUUCCAUUCUAGUUUAAUGAAAUACAAACAAGAUAUAAAAAAAGAAGAUUUGGGCAAUGUAUUAUAUUAUUCUGAAGUUAUGGAACAAAUAUCUGAGCCCUCUUUAGUUACGGCAGAACGUCGUAAAUUAGAUAAACUAUCAGCCUGUGAUGAUGUGCCAAAGGAACAUCAGUUUAUUGUUAAAAUGCUAUAUAACAUACUAGACACGGUAGAAGCAACGCAAGAUGUUGAUAUACCUUCAAGCUCAAGUUCAACAAUAACUGAGUUUGACUCAUCUGUAGCCAUUGCACGACAAUAUGGGCAGCAGAGAAUAUCUUCAACAUUGAAUCAAGAUACAAAAAAACCAUCGGAAGAACUGUCUUUCAUGGACUUGGAAGAAGCUGAGGAAAUAGCUAUGGAACUAAGGCGAAAUUUACAUGAAAAAUUGAAUAAACAAUUAAAUGAAAUAAAGAUACCUCGGCAUAAAAAGUCAAACAAGGAAUCUACUGAAUCGACUAUGAAUAUGGCUUCUGAUACGAAAAUAGCUGUUCAAAAGAAAAAUGAUGCUGAAUCCAAAGGCGAUUCGUCAGACGAGUCAGAACCAAGUACAAGCAAAGGGGUAAAGAAAGUAAAAUUAAAAUCCAAUUUGAGACAAUCAGGUAUUCAAACUGAAGCAAAAAUUAAAGACAAAUCUGUUAAAGUCAAAAUAGAUUCUCGAACUAGUGUAUACUCUUUGAAUACAGCUUUCAAUGAUCCACAAUCGCCCAGGGAAAAUAAAAAAACGCAGACUAAUAAAGAGAAACAAGAA